AUGAGUCGUGGAAACCAAAACCAGCGAUUUUAUACCCUUCGGUUUGAUGGUGCAUGCAGGGGAAAUCCUGGACCAGCUGGUGCAGGAGCUGUACUGUUUGAUAAAGAUGGGAGUGUGCUGUAUAAUUUUCGCCAAGGGCUCGGAUAUACAACAAACAAUGUUGCUGAGUAUCGCGCAUUAAUUUUAGGACUGCAACAAGCAAUAAUGAAAGGAUGUAACAACAUCAAAGUCCAAGGAGACUCCCUGCUUGUUAUCAGUCAGUUUCAAGGUUCCUAUACAAUUAACAACCCGCGUCUAAGGAGCUUGUGUAAUGAAGCUUUGGAGCUGAGCAAUAACUUUCGCCCAUUUAAGAUCGAACACAUUUCUAGGGUCUAUAACACUAUAGCUGAUGCCCAAGCAAACCUAGCCAUUAAUCUCCAAGAAGGUCAAGUUGAAGAAGAUUGUUUCUAUUAA